UGAACAAGAACGAAUUGUAAAAUUUAGUUUUUAUUCUCCACCUACUGCUGGUUAUGCAGAUGAAAUUUAUAAAUAUUUUGGAUUUGAAGAUGACGACGACGAGUACGCAAAGGGCCGUUACGAAGCGUAUAAUGAAAUUAAAGAAAACUUUGAGAAGACAAUUUCGGAUUCCUUAAUGAACUUGAAUUUAAAAAUUUUUGAGAAAAUAAAAGAAUUUAUUUUUCAAAGCGAUGAAAGUAGCCGUUUUUUGGAACUUCCAAAACAGGAAAUUCCAACCGUCAUCCUUUCUACUGGGCUUAAUUUAGUUGAUCAUAAAUUGAUUCUCACCCUUUUGUGUGAUUAUCUUAAGAACCACGAGCAUUUGCAUUUGGUAAGGCUUAUUAGUAGUGAAAAUCCUUCGUUAACGGCCAUCGUGAGAAAUGUUCUUUUACAAGUUUUAGCCUGCGAACAUGAAAAGGAAUUUCAGUACGACUUAAAAGCUAGUAAACGAGAAAUUAAUUACUUAUCAUCUUGGUAUAAAAAGCGAUACUUCGAAGCCAAAAACGUUAUUCCUAUCGUUAUUCUAUUUGAAGAUUUGCAAACUUUUAGUGUGCAGGCCGUUUGUGAAUUCCUAACGCAGUGCAGUAUAAUGCAACCGGAUGUCAAAUUUGUUUUCGUAUUUAAUGUUCCUUUGCUACAAAAUGUGGUUCAGAAGUAUCCUGGGCAUAUUCUUUCCUUGCUUGCUACGGAAAAGUUCGGCCUUCACCCCCCGCACGUUUAUUUGGACGAUAUUAUUGAGAAAGUGUGUAUCAAUCCGGCAUAUCGCUUUUUCCUUCAUUCCAGCUCUUUUGCUUAUCUGCUUGAUCGCUUCACUUCUUACGAACUUUGUUUUUCUACUUUUACCGAAAGUUACAAAACUUUAUAA